UUUCUUUCACUUUAUAUCCUCGUUGGCUUUGCUUCUUUCUAGCACUAUUACAACUGUAUAUGAACAUGAUGGGUUUAUCUCUGUUUUCUUUUUUUCCUCUCUAUUUAGUUGGAUUAUUGAGGUGAUUUUAUCAAGUGGAUUUGCUCUGAUUUUCAAGAAUUUUACAGGGUCUAGUUGAAUUGCUUUGGAUAAGCCUAUCAGGAGGGAUGCCCCUGCCCAGAUGCUUUUAUGACGAUACAAGAUUGAUUCUAGGAUAAACUACUGGGGACAUAAAUCAUGGGGGCUUCAAACUCUAGAAUGGAAGAAGACAAGGCUUUGCAGCUUUGUCGAGAGAGAAAGAAGUUUAUUGGACAAGCACUUAAUGCCAGGUGUUCUUUAGCAGCCAAUCAUAUUUCUUAUAUCGAGGCAUUGAAAGUUACAGGAACUGCACUGUCAAGAUUUGUCGAACCUGAAGCUCCAGUCGAAUCUUCCAUCUAUACAUCUACUAGUGCAACGCCAGAGCCACAUGUGCUUAAUGAAAAGUCUGCCUCCCAAUUUUCAUACUCUUCUCCAGCUUUUUAUCAGCUUGCAGAUGCGACUAGGAAUAUCUCACCUUCUUCUUCACCACCAAGCUCAAGGCACUACCGGGAAAAUCAUAUGAAAUUUAGAGGAACAUUCUCCAGUAAAGUUGAAGAAAAACCUUCGAUUCCUCAAACAUUUUCAGUUACUUCAGCUACCCCAGAAAGCACCACCCCUCGUUCCGUUGCAAGGCCCGAAACACUGCCUUUUGAACCUCCUCCUCUUCCCCCUGAAACUCCACCUUGGGAUUACUUUGGUCUUUCUCAUGCAGUGGAUAAUCACUUUUCUUCCCUAGAACAGACAAAACUUAAUCAAGAGUCAAAAUAUGCUGCUGAAAUUAGGCAGCUAAGAGAGGAGGAAGGAAUUUCGGAAUUGGGUGGUGAUGAGAAGUUUUCCUCUCCAGGAAGGGAAGAGUCACUGGAAUCCGAAGAUGAGUUUGAUGAGCCUUCUGCAGCUACACUAGUCCGAAGUUUUGAAAAUGUUAACAGGGCAGAAGAGAGUAUUGCCACUAACAACUCACCUGCCACCCCUUCUGCAGAAAGCAUAGCAUCUGACUCCAGGGUUUUAAAGCGGUUGAAAAACAACUCUCCAGACUUAACUCCAUUAAGAGCCACAUCUGAAGCUGCGGGUGGAAAUGACAUAAAGACAACACCAAUGGAAGAUGAUGACAACACAAACGUUGAAGACAGAGUUGCUCCAAAGGACUUCUUUAUGAGCAUGAAAGACAUUGAAUAUCUAUUUGGAAAAGCUUCUGAAUCUGGAAGAGAAGUUCCUCGGAUGCUUGAAGCAAAUAAGUUCCACUUCCGUCCGAUCGUCCCUGGGAAAGAAAAUGGAUCAAUGACUGCGUCAUUCUUGAAGUCCUGUUUCUCUUGUGGGGAAGAUCCAAGCCAGGUUCAGGAAGAGCCUCCCCAGACAGAUGUGAAGUACUUAACUUGGCAUCGUACAACCUCAUCUCGAUCCUCUUCAUCUAGGAACUUACCUGGUGCAAACUCCAUUGAUGAUAUUGAGGAUCUCACCAAAAGUCUUCUUGAUAGUUUUAGUAUGAUCUCUGGAAGCCAUGCCUCAACUAUAGAUCGACUAUAUGCUUGGGAGAAGAAGCUUUAUGAUGAAGUCAAGGCUAGCGAACAGAUUAGACGGAAGUAUGAUGCGAAGCGUAAACUUCUUAGGCAGCAAGAAUCUAAUGCAGAAAAUGCAUCGAGGGUUGAUAAGACACGUGCUGUUGUCAAGGAUUUGCACUCAAGAAUCAGAGUUGCAAUUCAUAGGAUUGACUCAAUAUCCAAGAAAAUAGAGGACUUAAGAGACAGGGAGCUACAGCCGCAACUGGAAGAGUUGAUUGGAGGGUUAAGGAGAAUGUGGGGAGUGAUGUUUGACUGUCACAGGCUUCAAUUACACAUAAUAUCAGUGGCUUAUACCCCCGGUAACACCAAGAUCUACAUACACUCUGACUCACGUCGACAAAUUGUCAUCCAUCUGGAGAGUGAGCUGAGCUCUUUAUCCUCCUGCUUUACAAAGUGGAUGAAUGCUCAGAAGACAUACGUUGAAGCGAUAAACAAGUGGCUUUAUAAAUGUGUGUUGCAGUUGGAGAAAUCUUCGAAGAGAAAAAAGAAGAUUCAGCAUCCACCCCUUAGACAACAUGGUCCACCUAUUUAUACUACUUGUGGUCUAUGGUUGGACAUGCUCAACAAUUUGCCUACUGAUUCAGUUGUAGAUUCAAUUAAGAGCUUAGCCACUGAAGUUGCUCAUUUCUUGCCCCGUCAAGAUAAGAACCAAGGAAAAAGUGCAAAUCAGCCUCAUUCAGCAUCAGGGCAAGAUGGUGAUCUGGGUACAAAGAUGUUAGGAGAUGAAGCUGCAGAAGACCGGACACGAGGACUUGAUCAGUUCCGUGUAAGUUUGGCAGGUUUCCUUCGUAAAAUGAGUCAAUUUGCAGAAUCUUCUGUUAAUAUGUUUACAGAGCUCCAAAAGGGAAUUGAAGAUGCAAAGAAGAGUUAUGAACAAUCAAAAGUCCCAAUAGAGAAAGUAUAGAUUUGGAAGAUUAUCAAAUACUGGAUGAAACACAUCUGACAAAUACAGGAUGAAAAGACAGAGAAAGAUAGGAGUGCGAAGGCAGGAAAAUUUUGAACUUGUACAUUAAGUAAAAUAACAGAGAUAAAGCAUAUUUGAGCUUCUUCCAGUGUUCAUAUCACCUUGAAUAAAGAAGCUCAAUUUAGUGUUUUAGUACCAUGUAUAAGGUGACAUUGAAAAAAAAAGAUGGGAAUUGGUUGUUUUGAGACAGCUGAAACUUUUACCAUAUGUAUACUUAUUGAACAGAACUUUUGUAUACAUUCUUUCAGUAGUUGGAUUCAUAUUCUCUCA